GUAUCCGAUCCGUGAGCCCAGAGAGCAUUGCUUUGGAGACAAGGAGGAAUUCCCAGGCGUGAGAACCUAUGGCGUGAGAGAUGUCAACGAGACCUACGACGUGUACUGUUUUGCUGAGAAGCUUUCAGGCAGGGUCUUCUACUCCAUGUCUGUAGAGAAGUUUAGUUUCUACGAAGCAGGAGAUCAGUGUAACAAACUGGGCGCUCGGCUCGCUAACACCGGAGAGCUCUACCUGGCCUGGAAGGACGGCAUGGACGUGUGUAACGCCGGCUGGCUGGGGGACAGGAGCGUUCGCUACCCCAUCAACAUCGCCAGGCCUCAGUGUGGAGGGGGGCUCAUCGGAGUGAGAACCGUCUACCUGUUCCCCAACCAGACAGGAUACCCCUACCCAGACUCUCGCUACGAUGCCGUCUGCUUCCAAGCUGAAGAGGACUCCAAUGCUGUUCCCAUGAGAACGACCCCUUUCCCAGACAUUAUCCGCAUGACACCCCCCCCUGGGCCGCACCCGGGCUUCAACCUCUCCCCGGGAACAGAGGAGAGCAAGACUGGAGGAGUUGACACCUUGUUCGCAUUACCCAUCCCACCUAGUAUGACAGAUGUAGAUACUGCCAUGGCUCCAACAGGUGUGGUGUUUCACUACCGUCCCAUCACCGGUCGGUACACUCUGAGCUUCGUGGCGGCUCAGCAGGCGUGUCAGAGCGUCGGCGCCGUCAUCGCCAGCGGCCAGCAGCUGCAGGCGGCCUUCGAGAAAGGUCUUCACCAAUGUGACGCCGGCUGGCUGCGAGACCAGACUGUCAGGUAUCCCAUCGUGUCGCCCAGAGAUAACUGUGCUGGUAAUCUGCCUCACAUCCCCGGAGUCAGAUCCUACGGCCUGAGACCAGCAAGCGAACAAUUCGAUGUGUUUUGUUAUAUGGAACGUCUGAAAGGUGAGGUCUUCUUCACCAGUGACUACGACAGCUUCUCGUACGAGGAGGCUGUGCAGCACUGUCAGAAACUCAACACGACGCUGGCCACCACCGGACAGCUGUUUGCCGCCUGGAACCAGGGGCUGGAUAAGUGCCGCCCGGGCUGGUUGUUGGACCGCAGCGUCCGCUUCCCCAUCACAACCCCCAGGUCCCACUGUGGAGGAGGGCAGGUCGGCGUCCACAUGAUCUACGCCUACCCCAACCAGACAGGAUUCCCCGAUGAACACUCACGCUACGACGCCUAUUGUUUCAAAGCUGAAAUUCCAGUUGAUCACGUUGAUAAUGAAACCAGUAUUGAUCUGACGAUUGAUUUCAUGAUGGUGGAUGUGAUAAACAAGACAAUAGUCAAGGUUGAUCACUCGGUUCCCACAGUUGACACCACUGUACACUACAAUGAAACUGAAACCAGUGUAAACAUUACCGAAAUAGAGGAGUUUAUCAACAAGACAACCGUCACAACUCAACAAGUUGCUCCCACUGUGAGUCCAAUUUUACCUCCAAUCUCAACCUCCAAACCUGUUGAUGUGUCCGGCUCUGGAUCCGCUGAACCUUCCUCCAGCGGGGAGAUCCCAGAGGAGUCCAGCACUUCGGGGUCCAGCACCUCGGGGUCCAGCACCUCGGGGUCCAGCACCUCGGGGUCCAGUGGUGAUUCCUCCGGUUCGGGACAGGUCCUCUUCAGCGGACGUCCUGACGUCUUCUCCGGGGGUGAGUCCACCUCUGGAGGGCCGCAGGAGGCAGAAGGAGGAAGCGCCGUCUUGGUCUCAUCCGGAGAAGGUGGUAGUCAAUCUGGAUCUGGAUCUGGGGAAGGGUUCGACGGACAGCACUCUGGCUUCAAGGCAUCCGGAUCAGGUUUUACCAGCGGAAGUGGGGACAUUAGUGGUAGUAGUGGAGACUCAAUGAUCAUCAUGGUGGACGGGAAUAUGAAGGAGGUGUGGCCAACUCCCCCAAGACCCACUGAGCAGGAGUGGGGCCAGGGAGGCAUUGACAGCAGUGGGGUUAACUUGGAGUCGAGCGCCUCUGGAUCUGGAAGUAUGUCCGGGUCAGGCUCCGGUGGAAUUUCUGGCAUCUCAUUCGUCGACCAGGGUGGCUUCGACCUGACAGUCCAGCCGUCCGGUGAGCAGGAGGUGUCUGGAUAUCGUCCGUUUGGAUCCGGGUUCCACAGCGGCUUUCCAUCCGGUGUCUCAGGCAGCGGCUCCGGCUCCGAGGACUUUAUCCAGCAUCGAGGGGACGUCAUCUACCUCACGGACAACAACAUGAUGGAAGUGACCGAAGCGCCACAGAUACGCCACCCAGAGCAUGGCCGAGGAGUGGUGGAGAUCAGCGGGCAAGGCAGUGGGUCAGGGAGCCAUCAUGAGUUCAGUGGCACCUUCGACAUUAACAUGCAUCACUCCGGAAGUGGAGUCCCUCAUGAAUUAUCUUCUCAGACUACAAUCUAUGAGGAAACUACCAGAACCGACCAAUUAGGACACGAGGAAGAGGAUCUGGAAAGACAUGCAGAACCUACAGUUUAUGCCGUGACUCCAGACGCAGCCUACACCAGCCCUACCACAGCACCGUCAGUGUCCUACGCAACUCCUUCUGUCAUGGAGCAGCCUGAAGUAGUGGAAGACCCCUGUGAUCCAAACCCCUGCGGUUCAGGGUCCUGCUCGGUGCAGGAGGAGCUCGCUGUGUGUCAGUGUCCGACUGGUUUCUCUGGGGCAGACUGCUCGACACCUGUGCAGGGCUGUGCUGAGGGCUGGCUGGAGUUCAAGGGCAGCUGUUACCUCCACUUUGCUGAGAGAGACACCUGGUCUGAGGCCGAGCAGCGCUGCCAGGAGGUCAACGCCCACCUGGUCAGCAUCGGCUCCCAGGACGAGCAGCAGUUUGUCAACUCCAAUGGCCAGGACUACCAGUGGAUUGGACUGAACGACAAAGACGUGCAGAAUCAGUUCCGCUGGACAGACGGCAGUCCUCUGUCUUUUGAGAACUGGAGGCCCAACCAGCCAGAUAACUACUUCAACUCUGAGGAGGACUGUGUGGUGAUGAUCUGGCACGAGGGCGGACAGUGGAACGACGUGCCGUGCAACUACCACCUCCCCUUCACCUGCAAGACUGGACCUGCCAUGUGUGGAUCCCCUCCUGAGGUGGAGCACGGCCGACCGAUGGGCAGCGGCAGAGAGCGAUACCCCGUCGACUCUAUAGUCCGCUACCAGUGUGACGCCGGCUACACACAGCGCCACCUGCCCGUAAUCCGCUGCCUGCCCGACGGACAGUGGGAGCAGCCUCAAGUGGAAUGUACAGAAGCCGGCGCCAACAGCAACAGGCUACACAAAAGAUCCCUCAGGAGGAGAAGUAAAGGCGUCAGGAGCCAAUAGGAACAGAGGAAGCUGCUCUGAGCAGGAAUAAAAAGGACAUACAACAGAGAGCCACAAAGGACCCCCCCCUCUUGUAAAGAAGCAUGGACACCAAUGCAAAUGCCCGACCAAAAAGAUAACAUUCCCCACCGUGUAUGGACACACACUAAAGCACAUUUAGACAGUGGUAGUGUAAUUGUUUUGGAUCUUUGAGUGUCACCCUGCACCUUCUGAAGGCGGUUUCCAUAGGUAUUUAUACUGUCUGAUUUGUAGCUAGUAAUUGGAAGCAUUAUGACAUUUCCUGCAAUCAUUUGCCAGCAUUGCACACAGAGUUAAGGUAGAGUGUGACAUGAGAGGUUUUAGAGUGACACGCAAAGUCCAAAACAACCAAUUAAAAUAAGUGUUUUCGAUUGCAGCUGGAUUCUCUGAAGUCAAACACAUAGACUUUUGCUAUGUUUUUAGGGUACUUUUCUAGAUCUGUGUUUCGUAGUCAUUUUUAUUUCUUUUAUUUGAUCUUUAAGGACUACAUGUUCUUCAGACUGGUGGAAUACUGUUUUAUGUUGUUUUUUUACAUAAUAGGCGAAUACAGUGACCCCUUAAAAUACAGCCAUGAGCUCUUGUUAACAACAGAGAACUGUGAAGGUAACGUUUAUUGGAUUUAUCAGAGCCUUGACGCUUACAGUAUUGCAUAAAAUCCCAGAUAUGAGUACAAGCAAGGGCAAGAGAUGAUGCCCCUGUGCAACAACACAACCGCAGUAUCGGCAAUACUGACAUGAUUGUGCUGUUCCAACUGAUGAUGAAUAUAGAAAUCAAGACGUAAAUAAAGUCACUGCAACUCACCUGGAUUAAAAUAAUCAGCACUCAUGCACUUUUAGGAGUCUUCAGUCACUUCUGUGCUAAUCAUUUGAAUCCAGUGCACCUUAAACAUAUCCUCAUCUGUAGCUGACACAUAAGGAAACUGAAUCAAAGUGAGAUCUACAGUAUGACACUGAAUUGGUUGCUUUUGGCAAAAGAUCUCCUCCCAAUUUUGCAGGUUUACAUUUCUCCAGAGCAAUCGAUGUCAGCACCGUCAGAUCAUGCUUUUAUGAGAUUCAGUGUUUGCUGAAUGAAGUUUCUCACUGUAAAUACUCUCUGAACAGCAGGAUCUGUCAAUGACCCACACAGAGCUGACAAUUUAAUUGUUUAGUUCCUCAUCAAUCCGUGUGUUGCUUUGUUAGUUUAAAUAGCUGUUAAGUUGCAGCUAUGAGUUAUUUAUCAAGCAGGAAUGACUUUUGAUUUUGACAAACAGCGUAUGAAGACACAAUAUGAUUUUUCUAAUAAAGACAUCUUUGUGGAAGUUGCUGUGUUUCAUGCAGAUCUAUCAGCAGAAAUGUAUUUCUUAACCCUUGAGGAGUUACACAGUUGUAGGGAAAAUAAGCUGUGAAAACAGUAGAAAUUAUAUUAAAAAUUAAGUUAAAAAGAGAGGGUUGAGAUGGAGGUUUUAAAAUGAUGACCAUGACCUUUAAAAGGUCAGGAUUCAAACUCUUAAACAGCAACCACACACACAUGGACGCACACACACACUCACUCACAAUUGAGUAUACACACUACAAAAUAUGAAAGUAGGACUUUGCGUGACGACGCCACAAAGGUACACCUAGCUGGCUCAAAGUAAAUAAAGUCGAUCUGGAUAUCAAUGACAGAGUGUAUGCUCAUGGAGGAUAACAUCAGUGAGUCUUUAUCAGUUUUUUGAUUUUUCAUCAAAUCUUUAGACGAGUAAACCAAAAUGUGUGUAACGUGGCACACAGACACGUCUGUUGUGUUCAGAUCCCAAUCCUGAUGUGAACAUACUGAACUGUGCUGUACCAAAUAAAACUUGGAAUCAUC